GUAGCUGAAGCAGCCUCCAAAGCUGCAACUGGUUCACCACAGAGAAAAGAGAGGCAGAGAGACAGUCUUUAACUAGAGGGAGCUUGUCGCUCACAACGCAAGCAUUAGCCACGGCCCAGGCAGGCAGAAAGGAAGGAAGGAAGGAAGGGAGCAGGCGGCUGGCAUCUGAGGCACAGAAGCACAAGCAAGGCAAAAAGCAUCCAAGAACAGCCACCAACUAAAGGCAAAAGAGAAAUAUAAGGAGUGUGAGAACAGAUAGCAGAACAGCCAGCUAACAGCUACUAUAGCAGGGCUGUACCUCAGCUACUAUGACAGGCAAAAACUGAAGCAGACGAAUUAGAAUUAUUUUCCUCAGGCUUUCUUUCCUGGUUGACCAUCACACUCUUUGAAAAACCAUGCCUGAACAAAGCAACGAUUACAGGGUGGUGGUGUUUGGAGCAGGUGGAGUUGGCAAGAGUUCACUGGUCCUGAGGUUUGUUAAAGGCACUUUCAGAGACAGCUACAUCCCCACCAUUGAAGACACCUACAGGCAGGUGAUCAGCUGUGAUAAGAGCAUAUGCACUUUGCAGAUUACCGACACAACAGGGAGCCAUCAAUUUCCUGCCAUGCAGCGCUUGUCUAUUUCGAAAGGACACGCUUUCAUUCUGGUGUAUUCUAUCACCAGCCGGCAGUCAUUGGAGGAACUCAAGCCUAUCUACGAGCAGAUAUGUCAGAUCAAAGGGGAUAUAGACAGCAUUCCAAUCAUGCUGGUGGGGAACAAGAAUGAUGAAGACCACAACCGAGAGGUGCAGACCAGCGCUGGUGAAGCCAUGGCCAAAAAGUGGAAAUGUGCCUUUAUGGAGACCUCUGCCAAGAUGAACCACAAUGUGAAGGAGUUAUUCCAAGAGCUGCUAAACCUGGAGAAACGUAGGACUGUGAGUUUACAGAUUGAUGGCAAAAAAAGUAAGCAGCAGAAAAGAAAAGAGAAGCUGAAAGGCAAGUGUGUUGUCAUGUGAAAGAAGCAAUUCUGAAGCACUCAUGUAGACUUAUUCUUCUGACUGUACCAGAUGUGAAACCUACAUACAACAGGAAAAUACAUGAGGCUGUUUCACUAAUAGCUAAUUUAAAAGAAAUAUAGGACAAGUUGAACAUUAGCCAUUGUGGGGAGUAGAUGUACUAUGAUCCUUUCAAGAAGUUAUCCACUUAUAAAGUAGCCAUUAACAACAGAAAUAGUUCCAAAGAACGACUGAUAUCUAAUUUCAACACGUUAGAAUCUAUAACAAAGAAUUCCUACAAGAACCAUGUAAGGAGUUAACAAUUUCGAGAUUCAUGUUCAUUCUGAAAAUGUAUUUAAUUAUAAAAUGUAUUUAUCUGC